AUGGAAAUGAUCACGGAGAGGUUCUAUUCGAACGUCUUUUUCCGAUUGGCAGCCCUGUCAAGUCCCUUCAUCUCCGCUGUUGAAGCCCUACCACGUAUUCUUCCUUCGGAAGUGCGAGUCGCUAUCAAGAGCAUGAAACCUGGCGCAGUCCGCGGGUUUGAUAUCAACAGACUUCCCCGAGGUGGUGGCCAUCCUUUUCAUGUAACUUUAGCGGCAUCUAUGACGUCGUACAGAAGACUUCGCCAGCUGUUCUUUACCAAUAAGAAAGGUGACCGAGAACAGCAUCAUCAUGCGCAUAUCUAG